AUGAGCCGCCAGCUGCACCCUUUCCCUGGUGGGGAACGCCUGGGCUUCAGUGGCUGCUCAGCAGUCAUCUCAGGCCGGGUCAGCAGCAGUUCCACCUCGUUCAGGGCUGGCAUCAAGGGCACGGCCGCCUUUGGGAGCAGAAGCCUCUUGAGCUUAGGUGGUGGCCGACGCCUGGCUCUGAGUGCCUCAGCCGGGAGAGGAGGUGCCUUUGCUCUGGGCCACUACACGGGCACUGGUGGCCGUAUGGGGGGCUUCGUGGGCACUGUCUUUGGCAACACUGGGCUGGGGCCUGUAUGUCCAUCUGUGUGCCCACCAGGUGGCAUCCCUCAGGUCACCGUCAACAAGAGCCUCCUGGCCCCCCUCAAUGUGGAGCUGGACCCCGAGAUCCAGAAAGUGCGUGCCCAGGAGCGGGAGCAGAUCAAGGCGCUGAACAACAAGUUCGCCUCCUUCAUUGACAAGGUGCGGUUCCUGGAGCAGCAGAACCAGGUGCUGGAGACCAAGUGGAGCCUCCUGCAGCAGUUGGAUGUGAACAACUGCAAGAACAACCUGGAGCCCAUGUACGAGGGCUACAUCAGCACCCUGCGGAAGCAGCUGGAGACGCUGUCGGGGGACAGGGUGAGGCUGGACUCGGAGCUGAGGAACAUGCAGGAUUUGGUGGAGGACUACAAGAAGAGGUACGAGGUGGAGAUUAACAGACGCACAGCUGCUGAGAAUGAGUUUGUGGUGCUCAAGAAGGAUGUGGAUACUGCCUACAUGAACAAGGUUGAGCUCCAGGCCAAGGUAGACUCCUUGACAGAUGAGAUCAAAUUCUUCAAGUGUCUCUAUGAAGGGGAGAUUGCUCAGAUCCAGUCCCACAUCAGUGACACAUCUGUCAUCCUGUCCAUGGACAACAACCGGAACCUGGACCUGGACGGCAUCAUCGAUGAGGUCCGUGCCCAGUACGAGGAGAUCGCCCUGAAGAGCAAGGCUGAGGCUGAGGCCCUCUACCAGAGCAAGAUCCAGGAGCUGCAGGUCACAGCGGGCCAGCAUGGGGACGACCUCAAACUCACCAAGGCUGAGAUUUCAGAGAUCAACCGGCUGAUCCAGAGGAUCCGCUCAGAGAUAGGGAGUGUGAAGAAGCAGUGCUCCAACCUGGAGACGGCCAUCGCUGAUGCCGAGCAGCGGGGUGACUGUGCCCUGAAGGAUGCCCGGGCCAAGCUGGACGAGCUGGAGGGCGCCCUGCACCAGGCCAAGGAGGAGCUGGGCCGGAUGCUGAGGGAGUACCAGGAGCUCAUGAGCCUGAAGCUGUCCCUGGACGUGGAGAUCGCCACCUACCGCAAGCUGCUGGAGGGCGAGGAGUGCCGGAUGUCUGGUGAAUAUCCGAAUUCCGUGAGCAUCUCUGUCAUCAGCAACACCGGAGCUGGGGCAGGAGGGGCUGGUUUCAGUGUUGGCUUUGGAGCCUCCAGCAGUUACAGCUACAAACCCGCGGUGGCAGACCUCAAAACCAAAGGCAGCUGUGGCAGCGAGUUCAAGGACCCCCUUACCAAAUCCUCGGGCAGCUGCUGUGCGACCAAAAAGAAGGCCUCUAGAUGA